UAUUGAGCAUCUAUCAGUUCAAAAUUUGGACCAAGUUAACAUCCUUCCCCAAAGCCGUUUUUUUGGGAUGAUGUUAACUUGGUUCUAAGUUGGGAUUUUUCAGCCAAUCAGAAUCGAGCAUUUUACAUGCAGCGCUUAAUAAAUAUAAUUUAUAUAAAGUGCUGGGGUGUAGGAUCUUAACUUGGUCUCUUGGGGGGGAUGUUAAUUUGAUCCUAAAAUUUGGUCAAUAUAUAUGUCCAAUGUCUCUACAAAUUGUAGGAAUAACCAUGUUCCAGCGAUACGUGCUAGCCGAAGAAUGUUGUUGCAAAGUAAUUAUUACGUCAGAAGAGUGUGAUGAGGAAAUUGCUAUGUAUGCGAAGCAAAACAGCAGAGUUGUCGUCGCCAUUAUUGCACAAGAUAGUGACUUCGUCAUUUACAACGCAGCACAAUAUUAUCUUUCGGCGAGUCAUUUAGACCUGAAUAAAAUGACCACUAAUGUGUAUAGCAGCGAGGAGCUGGUAAAUUGUAACAACUUGGAUGACCCGCAGUGGUUACCCGUCAUUGCAGCUUUGUUAGGAAAUGACUACUUGUCUCAAUACCGUUUGACGGCAUUUCAUCGGCGCAUCACCAACUGGCAAGAAGAUUGUUACAUCCCGCAUUCUCAUCUGAUCCCAGCAGUCGCCAAAAUUGUCACCAACAAGUUAGAACUCACAAUGUCAGUCGAUGACAUGUCAACCAUUCUAAACAAAGAAGUGUUCGAGGAAUCUGCAAGCGAUGAAAAUGAACUAGCAAUAAAGAACGCUUUGAAAAGUUUUUACCUGCUGAAUACACCUUCAGAGUCGAAGAAAAAUGAAUUAGACGAAUAUUCGGGUAAAUUGUUGAAAGCGAUGAGGAAACAUUCUAACUUCGACCCGAUGUCAGAGCAAGUCUUAGUGCAUCAAUGCGUUCAAUACACUAAUGCUCUCGAAGAUUUAAAUUCACGAUCAAAAAAAGGCUCUCGAAGUUUAAAUUCGCCCUUAAAAAAACCUUUAGUUUUGAUUUUUAGACCAAUAAAUUUGCGAUUCGUGGGAAUUUUGCGCAAACAUCAGCAGGAAAUACCUGGGAAAGACUCAGUCGACGAAUAUGCUGUUCAUUCAGCGGAAUCAGUUAAGCAUCCUAAUAAAGUAGAGGUGUCUUUUCCGCCCUUUGAUUUCGACUUAUUGGAGUUGACUGAAAGUAAUGAUACUACACUAGUUUCAGAGAAACUAAAAAUUUUUCUGUGGGCGGUAACGGGUAAAAAUUUAUUCACUGUCAUAAAUGAAGAGAGCGAAGUGGGGAGAACGUCUGAACAGUCAGAAAUGGAGAGAAAGUUUCUCAGUAUCAAACCGAAAUUUUCCAUUGUCUCACUUGUCCUUUAUUAUUUGUAUCGAUGCGAAAAUAUUUUAAAGCUGGAAGAUAUCGAUCUUUUCGUUACGAUGUUUGUCAUUUUGGAUUCAGAAUCAGCAACGAGAAUGAAUGAUUCUGAAUUGGAUUCUGAUCUGAAGGUAACGAAGAAAAUUAGAGCACAACCGGAUUACAAGGCAGUGCAUCUAGCUACUGUUUUUAACUGGGGAGUUGAGGCGAUAGGUAGAGUUGCAUCAGUUUUUGGCCCAUUUUUGCCAUCUUCCUCAUUCGCACACCAUAACUUUUUUGACGGUAUAUUAUUCCAGAAAAUAUUCAUGGGCAAAAUAAUAAUUGACAAGUCAAGCGAAAGUGAAGCAGCCAAAACAACAAGAGCGGCAAUAUUUGACUUCAUGAAAUUGGAAUCUUGAUUCGUAAGAUGUAAUAAAACUUGUAUAUAUUCGAAUAAUGUUUUGAAAAGUUACAGUAAUGAUUUCAUACUUAAUAUGAAGUUAACAGCUAUGGUAAAAAAAUUUUAAAUAAAAUAUUAUUCCAAUUUACCACAUUAAUUUCUCUGCAAUCUCUAUAAAUAUAUGGUCUAUAUAUUGGUACAUGGUUGAUGAAAUAACUUUUUUUCCAGUAAUCAAUUGCUUUUACACUCUAUUGUAUGGGAUUCGUGUCCCGACUGUACGGCUGCCUUUGCACCCUAUGUUCUGGGUUUAUAAUGUAUUUGACUCUUCGAUCAAUUGUUAAAAUAGUUU